UUUUCCUGCUCAAUCUCAGUGGAAAGUUUGAGGCAAACUCUCCGUGCGCAAAUCAAAACAACACGCGCUGGAUGUUAUGUGGGUCGGAACUCGUCAGGAUCUGCUGAAUACUUUGUAGCGCUUUAUCUCGCGUGAGCGGCAACAUUGUAACAUUCUUUUUGUUGACGUCAGCGGGAGAGGCGAGCGGAUGCGGGUGCGGUGAGCGCGGGUCACGGAGAGUCCUGUAGCCGAGCGGAGUGAGGUUGGUAGACCUGGAGCCGGACGGUUUGAGGUGCGAUGGGGGGCCGGAGGAGAAGAUGCCCCAGGAGGAGACACCAGAACAGAGGAGAGACGCAUACAACAUGUCCCGUCUGCGCAGUUCCUCCCUGGAGAUCAUGGAGAAGGGGACAGAAUUCCUCAGAGAACAGCUAGAUGCUGCGCAGAAGGAGCUGAAGUUAAAAGACGAGGAGUGUGUCAGACUGUCUCAUAUCAGGAAUCAACUCGAGCUGGAAUUGGAGGAGCUAACUGCCAGUCUUUUUGAGGAGGCCCAUAAGAUGGUGCGUGAAGCCAAUGUUAAACAAGCAACAGCUGAGAAACAACUUAAAGAGGCACAGGGCAAGAUCGACGUCAUGCAGGCAGAGGUCUCCGCUCUAAAGACGCUGGUAUUGACUUCUACCCCCUCCUCCCCGAAUCCACAGCUUCACCCUCAGCUGCUGUCACCGGGGUCCGCUCGCGGCUCUCGGGGUCACACACGCAAUAAAAGCGCCAGUGGAGCUCUACAACUGCAUUCAGAGCCGCCAGCUGAUGUCUUACCGCAGCGGGAGGACAGAGAGUUGGACUCUGUGUUGUUUGCCGAGUUCCUUUCAUGGAAAGAGUCGCCCAGUUUGGAUCGUUCCUCGGCGUUCCUCAGCAGAUUGCAUAGAGAAGAUAUCGGACCCUGCCUUUCGUUCACCUGUACCGAGUUGUCUAAAUCUGUCCAGAGUGCAGUGGAAAGUAACUCUCUAACCAUCGAGCCCGUUGCUAUGUCAACCGUACCCACGGUCAAGAGCAUCGAGUGCGGAGGACCCAACGGUUUCCGGGUGCCUAUAGAAACCAAGUGUGCAUUGAGUGGCAUGUCCCGCCCCUGCCGGCAUCGCAUCAAACUGGGAGAUAAAGAAAACUACUAUUAUAUAUCUCCCUCCAGCAGAGCACGCAUUACAGCCGUGUGUAAUUUCUUCACCUACGUCCGAUACAUCCAGCAGGGACUCGUACGACAGGAAGUUCAGAUGAUGUUUUGGGAGGUGAUGCGCUUGAGAAAAGAGAUGAGUCUGGCCAAACUGGGAUAUUUCAUGACAGAGGGGAUCUAAAGAAUCCACACACACACGCACACAAAGCAGGGUCAUCUCAAUACACAACAAAUAACACUUACACUACACAAACACUCCAAUCACUUCAGUGAUAUUUCUCAUAUAAACAUUGCUGUAUGUAUUCAGGGAUUACUACAGCAGAAUUCCCAAAACACUACCAUAUAUUGAGCCAUACGGAAUAACAGCAUUCCAGUUUACUGUUGUCAGGUUUAGUUUUGUUGGUUAACUGAAGUUCAUUCACUUUUAUAUAAAAGCUUGUUUGACAUUCGACUGUGUUUGCGAUGCAGACGCGACACAUUGACUUCCAGCGUGACAGCUGUGCACAGAAGCCGUUUACUAACCUUACAACCUCAAGAGCUUUAAAUACAUCAUGAAGUGCAUUUCACAUUUUAAUGCAAAUCAAAGUUUGUUAGUAUUUACCAUAAACUAAUAUUUCAUUAAUCAUUGUUCGGUUUCAUCUUUAUUAUUUCAAAAUCUGUGUUGCAAAUAUUUAGCUUUAACUGGUUGCGUCUGCUGCUGCAUGUGCUCGUUCUGCGCAGACACUUGUUGCUGCACUUUGUUAGGAUUUAUGGUACCAUAACGCACAAAAUUGCUGCAUGAUUGACAAUCUCAAAGCAAAAAUACGGUGUAUAACUCCCAUUUAUGGACCUUAAAGGUAUAGUUCAUCAAAAAUGAAUCAUUUACUUACCCUCAAGUUGUAUACAUUUUCAUCUGGGGCACCAUUCACUUCCAUUAUAUAAUUGUUUUGUACUACUUAACUCAAUGGUGCCCCAGAUCUGCUUGGUUAGAAACACUCCUCAAAAUAUCUUCCUUUGUAUUCAGCAGAACAAAGACAUUUAUACAGGUUUGUAACAACUUGAGGGUGAAUAACAACUUCGGUGAACUAUCCCAGUAAAUAAACAUCUAUAUUUACUUUGACACCAAUGAAAAUGUAAUUGUGAGGUUUCAGGUCCUGUCAAAUUUUUACAAGAUGUGUGUUAUUAACUAAACGAUUGACACCCGCAGCCUUGUUCUCAUUCACAACAGUGCCAUUGUAAGUGACUCUAUAUGUGGUUUCAUCAUCUAUUAAAGACAUUUGAAUAUGAA